AUGGGGGGCAAGUCUGCUAACAAGGCCGGCUACUUCGACAAGCUCAAGGGCUUACUCGAGGAGUACCGUUCCGUCUUCGUCGUCGCGAUUGACAAUGUCAGCUCCCAGCAGAUGCACGAGGUCCGCCACUCCCUCCGUGGAGAUGGUGUUGUCCUGAUGGGCAAGAACACCAUGGUUCGCCGUGCUCUCAAGACCUUCAUCAACGACACCCCCGAGUACGAGCGCCUCCUGCCCUUCGUCAAGGGCAAUGUCGGCUUCGUCUUCACCAAUGGCGAACUUAAGGAGAUCCGCGACAAGCUUCUGGCCAACCGUGUCGCCGCGCCCGCUCGUGCUGGCGCCGUCGCCCCCAUCGAUGUCUGGAUUCCCGCCGGCAACACAGGCAUGGAGCCCGGCAAGACGUCCUUCUUCCAGGCCCUCGGUGUCCCCACCAAGAUUGCCCGUGGUACCAUUGAAAUCACGACGGACCUGAAGCUCGUCGAGGCCGGCAACAAGGUCGGCCCCUCCGAGGCCACCCUGCUCAACAUGAUGAACAUCUCCCCCUUCACCUACGGUCUGGGCAUCGAGCAGGUCUACGACCAGGGCCAGGUCUUCUCCGCCGAGAUUCUCGACAUCGGCCAGGAGCAGCUCCUCGGCAGCCUGGCCAAGGCCAUCACGACCAUUGCCACCAUCUCCCUGGCCAUCAACUUCCCCACCGUGCCCUCGGUCAUGCACUCCAUCAUCAACUCGUACAAGAACCUCCUUGCCGUUGCCGUCGAGACUGCCAUCACAUGGCCCGAGGUUGAGGAACUCAAGGACCGCAUUGCCAACCCUGAGGCUUACGCUGCAGCCGCUCCUGCAGCCGCAGCCGCUGGUGGUGCCGCCGCCGCCCCUGCCCAGGAGGAGAAGAAGGACGAGUCUGAGUCUGAGGAUGACGAGGGUUUCGGUGGUCUCUUGUACGUGGACUUUUUCUAA